CAGGUUGAAAGAAACAUGUCAUUAAGGUGUUGUCAAAAGGAGCCCUGUGUGUGUAGGUCGGUCCCUAGGUUUGUGGUUUUAGCUUUUCAAAGGCGCGGAGCUAUUAUGGGCUAUGGGAUCAAGUUCGGGAAAAAUAGUCUUCUUUAUCUUGAAAAAUGGCUUUGUAACAGGAGGCGCCAAGGAGCUUAAGUACACAUAACUCGCGCACGGGAGGGAAAAAUGACGAAAGUUCCUCAGGGGUUUGAUUUCAGUUUCCUAAACGAGGAAGAAGCCAGGAAGAUCCUCCAGGUACUGGAAAGAAAUGAGGAACUCCGAAGGGCAGAGAAGGACAGGAUCAGCAAACUUCAAAAGACAAAGAGGGAUAUCAGAUGGCUUCAAGGAGCAACUGGUGAAUGGUUUGAAGAAAUUCAAAGAAAGAAAUUUUGCAAUGAAACAGAUGUUAGCCAGAUGUUAAAACCACCACUUACAUACAGGCUACGGAAGGGGAUGGCAAAAAAUGAUCCUAUGGAAUUACAAACAUCAAGAUCAAAAAACUUAAUAAACCAAAAACCAUCUGGUUCUCCCCGAAUGAGCUUCCGGUCAUCCUUUGCUUCGCUGUUCUCCUUCAGAAGAUCUGGGAAGGAGACGCUUAAGCUUCAGUCUCAGAGACCGAAGGGGUGUGAUGACCGUGUAGGACCUUCUGUGUCUGUGAGGUAUACCACUGCGGCAAAAAUAUACAAUUCACCGGUUGGGAAUCAGCCCGUCGCCAGUGCGUUUGUCCCUAAGCCAGCCAUCAUGAGGGAGGAGAGUGGCGUGCCUCCGCCCUGGGAUUCUUCCCCGCUGGAAAGUGAGUUCUUCCAAGUUUUAGAUGAUUUGGACAGCAAGCUGGCUCAGGAACAAUCUGCAGGGUCGGUAAACACCAGAGUGCCAUUCAACUAUGGAUCAAGAACACCGUUCCAACAUUCUCACUCGAGUAGGAACGGGCAUGGCCAUACCACAGGAAGGCACCAAAACUACCACAGUGAAACUUCCAACAUGUCCAUCUAUGACAUCCUGAGACCAGGAACUCCUAGAGAAGGCUUUAAAACCUUUUCUCCCAGGACAAAGACAAUUUAUGAUAUGUACAGGACCAGGGAGCCCAGAGUCUUAAAGGAGGACUUCAUGCAAAAGAAUACGUUUGGCAGUACAUCCUUGUGCUUCGAUGGCCGGCAGCGAUCAGCCUCACCAGCCACAGGGCGUUUUACUGCAAGGAGUUUACACUUUCCGGCCGCUACUCAAAACAAGAAUAGUUUUACACCAGUAAGGCACCAGCAAAGCCCCAAAAGAACUCCUUUAUCAUCCAUCAUGUGGAAUAGAUCAGAUUCUUCUAGACAUAGGCAGAAUCGGGAAGAAUCACUGGGGGCACCAUCACCGAUGGACAUUGACCCUGCUGAUCAGUAUGUGGCUCCUAAGUGUUUUCAGGAGAGUAGGAGGUAUGAGUUGUACCAUUCACAGAAUGCUUACCAAAGCAUCCCUUUAAAUGCCCCCAUGGACAAUGUGAUGAGUCCUGACACAUUGGAGAACUCAGAGAAUAUGCCAUUCUACCAUCAAAAUAACCCAUUUGCAAGGUCUUUCUUUAGCAGUACCUUCAGACAGAGCAGAGAACAGAGAUUUGGACAGAAUUCCUUUUGGAGCCAACAGAAAGAACAUUCUUUCUGGUCUGACUUACACCAGAGCAGGAAGCCAUUGUCUUCUGACAGGGACUUUGAAAUGAUUUCUGUUGAAGCAAAUAGGGCACCAUCUGUUUAUAACCAUGGUGUCCCUUCUCAACACUGGAGGCCACAUUCUCCGGGCUGUGGAACAUAUGUUUUCAGAGGUCAAGAGGAUCCACAUCACUGGCGAUCUGAUCUUCAAACAUCCCCACUGGAGAGCAUGGACACAGCACAUGUCAGUGAGAAUGAAUUUCCAUCCCAUUUUGUCACUCCAGAGGGUUUUUCCAUGACUAGCUCAAGCUGCCACAUCCAGUCUUCUGGACUGGACUAUCAGCAGGAACACUGUCCUGUAGACACAGCUGUAGAUGAGAAGCCUCAUUUGUGUGGCAAGUCUCAAACUCUCAUAUCCUCAUUCAGAACCUCCUUCCCCUUGAUUCCUGAUGACAGAAGAGAUUCUCAGAGUCCCAGCUUCCAGAACUCCACAGUUACUUUGGAGAAAAUAACCCCUAAUAAGCCAGAUUCUCUUCCAAUAAGAAACCGUAGAGAAGUUACUGUGGCUGGUAGCCAUCCCACUGAAUCACUGUCUCUUACUGAAACCCAGCCCAACACCCCAGUCACAGAAAUGAACAGUGAGAAAGACAUGAAUGAAUCUAUUUCAGGAAAUGAACAGCUAAACAAGGUGGGCCAGAAAAACAAGGCAAGUGGGUUACCCCAACCUAUUUCACAGACAGUGAUCGCUAUUGAUUUACCUGAUUUUCAAAAGGCCCACUCCCAACACUCAACCCAAAAUGACAGGUUUGGCUUUAAUGAAUCUGCCACAGUAAGUGCCAGAAGGUCACCCAGGGUCUUUUCCAGGAAAGACACUUCCCAAACACUUACAGCACAAAGAGAUAAAUCUCAUGAACUGAAGGAAGAUAAAGGUUUUCCUGGGAGCAGGAAAGUUGACUCCGCAGCCUCCCUGCCUUUCAUCCGAGAACCUGGAACGCCGUCUCUUCCCAGCCCACGUCAAGGUUGUCACCAGAAAACAGGAAGUAACGAAGAGGGUGCAGGCAUCAUUCAAAAUAACCGCUGGUGCUUUGAACCCACUGCUGCCCCCAAAGCAGAGUCUCCAGAGGAGGCUGCUAUUUUAGACCUCGAGCGACAACAAUGUCCUUCCACCCAUUCUACCGACGGCAGCAAGCUGGCCGCCAGGCACAGUGUCCCGCAGGACUCUGGAGAUGUGCCACCAGGCGUACCCCAAGAUUCCUUACCGUUGAGUGAUUCUUUCCUUGAUGCUCUUUUGAUACCUUCUACUACCGUGUUCUCCAGGAGGCUUUCAGACCAAGAUCCAUCUCAAGAAGAAAGAGAAGAAAAAGACAAGGCUACGAAGAACCAAAAUAUCCAGCUGGCUGUAAAUUCCACAGAUAACCAAGAGAGUCGUGACGGUCCUGCACUUCUGCAUGAUGCUGUGCACUGCCAUCCGUACUCUCCCUUCAGAAACGGGAGGGGGAAAGGUAGAGUCAGACGCCGCGUGUCCUGUAUUGAAAAGCUAACCAAGGCGGAGAAUAGAGCGGCACCCACAAGUGAAGGCAGCAGCCUCCCGGAGGACCAAAGUAGCGCCAAAGCCCCUGAGCUCAGCACAGUCUAUUGCACCUUGCCAAGAAAGCCAGCCAGCUUUCUCACACGCAGCAAACAGCAAGAGAAUAAGAGAAUGGCUGCUUCAGUUAGGAAUGGGCCACUUCCUUUCCAAAUAAAAAAUAAAGUGGAUGCUCUGACUGGGAAGAGCACAUCUGAUAAACCCAGUUCUCCUCAGUCAAUGAGCGAUGCUUCAGAUUCGAUCACGGGGAUGCCCGAAGCCACCAAGAAGAUGACAGAUAUGAGAGCCAUUAGGUCCGCUUCUGUUAGAAAAGGGCCACUCCCUUUCCUCAUCAAGAGGGCGAUAUCCUGUCCUUCGGGGGAGCCAUGUACCUUGGCUGGAAGUAGUGAAAGGGAAAAGUCACCAAUCCUGGACAUGGAUGCUUCCGCUGUAAUGCCCGGGCCUUGGGGGAGAAUCUUCAGUUCUCUGGAAGAUAACUCAUCAUUUGGAGAGAGUACUUUCACCGAAAGACACAACCAAAAGGAACUUGCUCACGAACCCACUGGAAAGCUUGAUGAGAUGCCUGCCCCCAGAAAGAGCUCGUCCACCCUUUCAAACAAAAGCCCCAAGCCUCUGCGUGCAGACGCAUCUGGAAAAGAGAGUGGGAAGGCAUUACAUAAGUUUAAGACAACUAGCAUGUUCUCUGUUUCUGGUGAUGAAGAGAAUGUGAAAUGUCUUGAGGUGGUUUCCAUAUAUUAUACUCUACCAAGAAAACCCAGCAAGAAGUUCUGCAGCCUCCUUCAGCAGUAUGCACAAGGUACAGAUUCACUUCGAGAUGCUUUUCAUGGAGAGACUAAAGCAUUUCCUAAUGCUUUCGAAAGUGAUGAGUUAGACUGUCCUGCCCAAGUGCAGUCAGGAAUACCUCCACCACAAGACCUGAAGAUGCAGGUUGACUCUGCUCCAUGCUGUCAUUCUCACAGCACUGAGAAUAAGGUUGUCUCCCAAUUACCAAAGGAGGAGGCUUCCGAAUCUACCUUGGAGGAAAUGGCUUCUGUGGGGCCAGAUGUUUCUCUUCAAAAGGGAGACCCUAAGACCAAAGAGAUUUCCCCAGGUAGCUUAGCUAAAACAAAUGUGGAUGAUUCGCUAAGGAGAAAAAAGAGAGGGGGGAAAUUGCCAAGACAAAUUCUACAGAGCCCAUUACUGCCUCAGGAAAAAAGCGCUGGAGCAGAAAACACUGAAAACCAUCGACAGCCUUCUAAAGGAGGAGAUGGUGGGCCCCCUGGACUCCCAGCCCACUCAGAAAGUAAUGUGGAAAAUUCCCAAACCAGAAGAAAUUCUAGAGCAUGUGCAGGCGGUACAGCCACUGUAUCAACAGGCAGCGGACGGUAUCCUUGGAGAGAUCACUUGGCUGUAGUUGUAGAUGACAGUUCUAAUGGGUCACAGCCUAGGGAAGCCAGUGGGACAACUGGAUCAGACUGCCCAAACCUGACUGGUAAAACGCUCUCUGACUCAGAACCAGCCUUUGCUGUAACCCCAGCAUUGCAUAAGCUGCAGCUUGCUGAAGAGACUCAGUCAGGAAGAGCAGAUCUGCAGUCGGAACCCAGGCGGGCAGGAAGUCAGGAGACAAAUACAGCAGAAAUGAGGAAGGUUCAAGACGAAGCACAGAAGUUGGCAUGGGAUCAAACCCUACUUCCUGGAGGAAAUAAUGAGAAUAAAACCAACAUGGGCGACCUAGAAGCAAAAGAAAACAGAUACUCGGGUAAACACAGACUGGCAGCCAUGUCUAAAGCGAGCAGAAAAAUCCCAGCUAAGGAUUUAAGUCCCAGGAGACACAUAGCCACUCUCUUCUCCCAAAGUGAAAGCAAAUCUGGCUUUAGGGGGUUAUCUCUUUGCAGGUCAGAGGACAGCCCACUGUCCCCUGAACCUACUGUAAAAUCCACGGAGCCCACAGAUGACAAAUCUGAAACCCCUCUGCAAGCCACAGCAAUAGCCAACCCGGAACCUCCUUCUCAGUCCUGCACUCAGAGGUCUGCUAACAUUUCACAGCCACAUCAGAAUGAGUCGAACAGUAUCUUAGGAACACCAUCAAAGAGUGAGGAUUUGGGAGAGUCAGGAGCCCCAGCUCGGCUCACACUUACCAGUCCCAUAGAAAAAAGCGCUAACCAUCAGCAGAGGUUGAGUCCCCCCUUCUCCCCGGAAUCUGUGCAGAAAUCUGCAAUAAACCUAUCCCACUGUCAGCUGCGCCACUGGAGUGCCCCAUCUCCAGAGUCAGAACCUGAGCCUCACCUCUACAGGUCAAAGAGUUUAAAAAACUUCAAUGUGCAUGGUGACCGGCUGUGCACAAGCCAUCCUCCCAAAGCCAGGGGGCGCCACUUUUCUGAAAACACUUCCAUUGACAGUGCUCUCAGUCAACUGUCGCUUGAUGAUGACUCUUCCCACAACAGUGCUUACAGUCGAAGAUUCAAAUCUUUUUCUGAGCUUCCUGCCUCUGAUGAAAGUGAAAGUUGGGCUUUGUAUAACAAUAGAACUAGAUUGGGUCCCAAGUCCACCUCAUCCAUUUCCAGGCCUAUUGACUAUGGAAUUUUUGGGAAAGAGCAGCAGUUGGCUUUCUUGGAGAAUGUCAAGCGGUCACUCACACAAGGAAGAUUAUGGAAGCCAAGUUUCCUCAAGAACCCUGGCUUCCUCAAGGAUGAUGUCCUUAAUGCUUCCAACCCGUCUCAGUCAGAGCUGGUGAAUUCUGGUGGUCGGUCGCCAGAAGAUGGCUUAUUUCCAAGUGAACCCCUUAAUAUCUACGAGGACGACCCAGUGGACUCAGACCGGGACACAGACACAACCACCGAUGAUGAGUACUACCUGGAUGAAAAUGAUAAAGAGUCGGAACUAUGAGACUGAAAGAAACGGUACAAUAGUAUACUCUACAAUUUGCUUUUUACCAAAACAUUGUUGAACUGAGUCUAAAUUUAUAGGCAGGUAAAAGAAGAUCUUGUUUGGGAAGUGUCUGCACCAAAACAGCCCAUUCUUUUCCGUAUGUAUGUAUGGUUUUUUUCCUUCUGAAUUCUAAGAACAAUGAUUGCUGGUUUUGAAGGGCUUUGUUUGCUUUUCCUAAUAUUUUCUCCCGGUGUGUUUGAACCUGGCCUUCUCAUCUCUUCCCCCAGCCCUAUCUCUAAGCCACUUUCCCGUGUUGGCUCAAUUCUCCUCAUCGCUUUUUUACAUCUCUUACACUUCAUAGUUUGGGCACAUGUUAAAACGUGUUACUUGUUAAUUAUCCAGCACAGUUGCAAAACUGUAUUGCCUCUCUCCGUCCACAGCCUGAAUUCCAGCUAUUAACUAUAAUGCCGGGAAAGCAGUAGUCGGGUAGAAUACUGUCAUUGGACGUGCACUGUGUUCAUGUGCCCACAGAGGCACUGGAGGGCACUGGAGCCCCUGAACUAACAGAUGGUUGUUAGGGGUCCGACGGGUGCUGCAACCACACCUGGGUCCUCUGCGAGAGCUGCAAGUGCUCUUAACUACUGAGCUCUCUCUGGAGUCACAAGAUAAAGGGGUUCUUAGGAGAACACUCUUGCACUUCAGUAGUGGAGUACACGUUGGGGUGAACAAUGAAGGGUUAGUUCCAUUCAGGAACUUCUCUGAAACAGUUUGUGGGGACUGGCUGGAUUUUGGAGGGCUAAGUUUUCAUUGGGCUUACCACUUGGGUGAAGCCCACAGGAUGGCCUGGCCGCAGAGAUGUAGCUAACAGGUGGAGGUGAGCAGACAGCAAUUUAUUGGGCCAGCGUUGUUGCUGCUGCUGCUCUUUCCACCACUGAUUUUUCCCUUCUCUCCAGACCUGUGCAUUUCUCAUCUCCCUAUUUAUAGCCCAGACUGGGGCUGAUUAAACUUUUCUCACUUAAUUUCUUUAUAGCUUUGGGAAUUUUUUACAUGCACACACACACACACACACACACACACACACACACACACACACACACACAUAUAUAUAUAUCAGGCUUAUAUAUAACUGGCUUAACCACAAAUGUAUCAUUUGUUUAAGAUAAAAACAAACAUAUACUAAUGAGAUGGACAUUUCUGCUUAUCUAACACAGUACAAUCCAAGGACACUGUAAUGUCACCCACAAGCUGGGGGAUGAAGAAGUAACAAGUCUGUAAUUUCAUUUCGAUCUGAACAGACAUCUUUGCCUGUGCAGUAAAAGCAGUGCAGUUCAUAACAGAAUGUCUGGUUCCCCCCCCCUCCCCUUCCCUUCCUCUACCGACCUCUCUUCCUGAACCCUUUUCUCUGUCUCUGCCCAGUACAAGGUAUGUAUGCUGUGUGCUUGAACCAGGGCUGCGGUGAAGUCACGCCAUGAACCAGGGGUGAGCACAGCCAGGAUUCAUUAUGUUUAAUUUUGAAUUAAUUUUUGUUCAGUGCACAUUCAGAAACCUUUGACUGUUGGCAUUUUUUCAACCCCACAUUUAGUUAUACAACCCCGUAGAGAGUGAGGAUCCAUGGUUAAAGAAGCUCUGGGCUAGGACACUUCUGAUGGGGCAUUUAGUGGGAACCUUGGAUGCGUCCUUAGAAUGCUAGGUCAGAUGUGAUGUCUGGGGACCCUUCGCCUCUCUGCUGAACCCUCUCUCAAACCCUCAGGAACAUCUAACUCAGAACUCCUAAUUUACUGUAAAUAUCUCGUGAUGAUCAUUGUUAAUUUGGCUUCCUGCCUCUUUAGUUGCCACAUAGACAUCUGGAGCUGCCUCUCCUUGUAAUUCGAGGCAAAGGUCUGUGGAUGAGGCUGAGGGUGGUCUAGACCUGCGGGCAGCAUGGGGUCCCGGCUCUCAGAAUGGAGAUUGUACAUUGUGGAGGUUGUCUUGCUGUUUUACUCUUAUUUUCCACUGUUCAUCCAAAUAAACCGAAGCUAAGGACAGGUGUUGGCAAAGCGUAUUGAGAUCUGGAACCAAUGCAAGGAAGCUAGAUCUAUAUUAUUAUUGCCCUCAUAAUCAUCUGGCCUGGAAGCCAAAUGACAGAGUGUGUUUACAUCAGUCCCAUAAAACUCAAAACUAGUGAAGGUGGGGCCACUAAUACGAAAGCUUUUGCUUAAACCUGUCCACUCAAACAGAGCAACAUUCCAUUUCUUAUUUAAUGCUGUAUGUUUGUGCACAUGCCUUCUUCUUUGGCUAUUUAUCUGAUUAUUUAAGUAAAACUCUCACAUAUUAUGACUUUUUGUGUGUAAUUUUAAGAUAUUCUGAGAUUAUUUUAAUAUUUUUGUUGUUUUUUUUUUUAAUGGUCGCCAUGAGACGCUGUUUCAAUAAAUAUUUUGAGUCUACAUGUUUGCUACAAAAGGUGGCAUGAAGCUGGCUUGCUUUCCAACAAGCUGAGGCUCCGGGUGAGGGAUUUGAGGGUUAGAAUGGACAAAUGCUCUGGGGCUCAGACUCUCAGCGAUAGAAUUACUACCCACGUUAAAAGGUAUCUGACAAGCCGCUGCUCGGCUGCACUACAGUGUGAGGUGACCUGCUCAUCAGGCUGAGGAAUCAGGGAAACAGUAACUUCACAAAAACAGAGCAGCAUCUUUACUGUUACAGUGUUAUGCAGCACUUCGUUGAAGAAGUACAGCAAAUUUCUUUGCGUUGUAACAUGUAAACUGCUGGUUUUUAAUGCUCAUUUUGGUCGUAGCUGUGGUAGCUUUAAUAAUAGUCAUUUUAUAUUGUUUUUUUCUACAAUAUGUAAUCAUUAUUAAACUUUCUUGUAAAUGGAGUAAAACACUAAUGAAUCAAUACUAAUAAGUGCCUAGGAAAUUAUCAGCUUGCUUUAAACAUUAGGCUCCCAUAGCUAUAAAUAUUGUGUUAAAUUCGUUUAAAAUGGGCUUCAAUAAGAUUGUUCUGCCUUUUAGAUACUACCUUCUGAAUAGUUAAUUCUAACAUCAUAAAUACAUUGAUCUUAAUAAGACUCUAAUUGCUACUCACAUGAGUUUGGUUAAGGGUAAGCUUGAAAAGAGAAAACUAGUUUGUAUAGGAAAUGACGAUGCGUCACAAGGGUGCUAAAAGAAGCCUGCUUAGGUUGUGGAAAAGAUGAGAAUCAAAUGAAAAUUCCUGCCUGUGUACAAAACAGGUUCCUCUAUUGAAUGCUGGUAUGCUCCAACAGGCCUUAUUGCUUAGCGUUUACUGUCUAUCGGAGAGCUGUAGAAUAGCCUGUCUCAUGUACAGUAUAAAUAUGUAAAUAUUUUAUUUGCGAGUUUGCAUUACUACCUGACGGCUCUUUGUGCCUGAUAUUCCAUCCUGGAACAAUAAGCCACAGUAAGCACUUUUGUCAAAACUGUCAAAUAAUCCUUUUGCGUUUUUCCUCAGCUCUGUUCCCAAAGUAUGGGAUAUGUUAGAAGGUGACAUUUUAAAAUAAUGCUUGUGUUGAAAUAAACAACCUGAACAGA